UCCCAAGCUCCAUUCAUAUUUCAUACUCCUCGCCUCUUAAAUUUAAUUACUCCGUAGAAAUUCGACCCUUCCUCUAGAUUCCAUGGCGCCAAAGACGGAGAAGAAGCAAGCCGAGAAGAAGCCGGCGGCGGAGAAGACCCCUGCAACCGAGAAGCCGGAGGCGGAGAAGAAGCCAAAGGCCGGGAAGAAGCUCCCGAAGGACGCCGGAGCUGCGGCGGCCGGAGACAAGAAGAAGAAGAGGACGAAGAAGUCCGUUGAGACUUACAAGAUCUACAUCUUCAAGGUUCUGAAGCAGGUCCAUCCCGACAUCGGAAUCUCCAGCAAGGCCAUGGGUAUCAUGAACAGUUUCAUCAACGACAUCUUCGAGAAGAUGGCUCAGGAGGCAUCCCGAUUGGCUCGGUACAAUAAGAAGCCGACCAUUACUUCCAGGGAGAUCCAGACCGCAGUGAGGUUGGUCCUUCCCGGAGAAUUGGCCAAGCACGCCGUCUCUGAAGGCACCAAGGCUGUUACCAAAUUCACUAGCUCUUAAGAACGUUUCAAGUAUAAUAUCUGUUUCCAAUAGUUUUUUUUUGCUUCCUAGGGCUUGGUUUAGAAGAAAAGUUGUUUCAAUUUAGCUCGUUUUCGUUCGAGCCCAAAUCAGUGUAAUGCUUUUGCGCCUGUGAAUCAAAUGAACUCUUACCUUUUCUAUGUCAUUGCGCCCAAAUCAGUUUUAUGUUUCUUCACAGAUUUGUGUAUUGAUUUCAGAGUGGAAUGUAAACCUGUUAGAUAUAGCCUCUCAAAUUCUCAAAGAGCUGUUUGAUUCCAGAUUUGCAACCCUAGAUAUUCCGAAAUUCAAUUCUUCAAGCUAGUAGGAUUUUGCUGCCAGACAUAACAUCGAUUUUUUGUCAAAUUAUAGGCUACAACAACUCCUUCGAUCUUAGGAACAUUUCUCAUCUUGCAGCAGAAAGAUCCUAUUUUGUAAUUUGGAUUGACAAAGUUUUCAACUCGUUUGCAAUUUCUUAAAAGUUUGGGAUGCAUUUGUAACUUGUAG